AUGGCAAUCCCGUCAGCCACACCUCUCCUAGUCAAGCACCCUUUACUUCCCUCAACGCUCGACCCACAUACAGUCAAACUCCUCAAAUCUCUCUUUUCUCUCCGCGUGCCAUGUGAUCCAACCCCUCAUUUACGCCUUUUUGCGAUAUCGUCUCUCCUCUCUCAUCUCUUUGGCAUCUCUUCGCCAACCAGCGUCGACGAUCGAACUCACCAACGCAUAAGCAAGCUGAUUAACGAAUAUAUCAGAUAUUAUGAAAAAAUUGAAAAUACAAGUAGGGCAGGGGUAGGAUUACCUAAUUUAAAAGGAAGCUUUGAGGAUUGGAGAUUGCGCUUUGGAAUUCCAGGUAGCACGUAUAAGGAGGCGAUAAGAUUAAGAGAUAAGUUGGAAGAUAUAGUGCUUAGAUUAAUUUACAAAAUGAACAAGGAGAAUGUGGAGAGGGAUUGUUUGGCAAAAGAGUUGAUGGGAAGAAGGGAGAAGGGUGAAGUCGAUAUUAUGGACAUUAUACAUACACUUGGAUGCUUUAUUGUUAUAGGGGUGCUGGCCCAGACGCCAUCUUUUCAGCCGAUUCUAAGCACAGAACUAUCCCUACCUCAUCUUCCCACACUUUCCGACAGACCAUCACGUCAUUUCACAACGUCAUUUAUAAAACAAACGCUACUACACCAUCCUGCGUGGUUGCCCAUUCCACCGAGAUACGUGCAAGUCGAUGAUGAAUAUCGGGGAUUCCAUAUACCGAAAGGUGCACUUGUAUUGGUGGAUGAGAGCGUUCGCGGUGGGUGGGACAAGGACAGGCCGGGUGAAAUGGAGAGAAACCUAGAGGUAGGGGAUACAAACAGGUUUGAAUUUGGAUAUGGAAAGAGAAUGUGUCCUGCCGUUGAAUUGUCCGAAUCAUUGUUAUUUCUCGCGUUCUCGAGGAUAGUAUGGUGCUAUAAAAUUGUCGAUGGCGGGAUAAAAUCCAAGCAAGUAGGGAAUGGCCGACCAUCAGUUAGUUUUGCACCCAGGAGAGAAGGACUUGAGAGGCUAUUAUUCGAUGAAUCAUCAUAA